UCUCAUCCCCAAAACCCAAAAGGUAAAAAGGGAAGUUGAAAAACCAUACAUAAAAACCAAAAAGCACCAACACAAAUAACAUCAACAUUCCCUCUAACCCCGUCCAGAGCGCCAGCACUAUCACUCUUUCUCUGCAUUAUUAUUGCAAUGAGUAACUCAGAGAAGUUCAGUCUGGGGAUCUCAUGUAUAUUUGUGGUGGUGAUGAUGCUAGCUGGUUUUGGAAGCUCAGACAUAGACCAAGACAGGGCACAAUGUGCAGACCAGCUAAUAGGGCUUGCUCCAUGUCUUCCUUAUGUUGGUGGUGAAAAAGAUGCCAAAACUCCCACAAUAGACUGCUGCACUGGCCUGAAACAGGUGGAUGCAAAGAGCCACAGAUGCCUCUGUGUUCUGAUUAAGGACCACAACGAUCCUAAACUCGGGCUCACCAUCAACGCUACGCUUGCUUUGAAGCUCCCUGGUGCCUGCCAUGUACCAGUUAACAUAACUAGCUGUGUUGAUCUUUUGCAUUUGGAUCCAAAAUCGGCAGACGGUAAGAUGUUCUUGGGAUAUGCAGAGAAGACUAAAGCUGUUAACAGUACUAGUGCUCCUAUUUCCAGUGGAAACUCUACAAGCAGUGGUACAGUUUCUCAAGAAAUGAGUGAUGGUUGGAGCCUGGGAAAAGCAUUGAUGGGAAUAGAGAUGCUUUUUGUGACCUCAAUGUGCUUUUAUAUUUCUCACCUUGUGUUCUAUGUUUAAUAUAGAUGUGAUUGCUGCUGGUCAGUUUUUAAUGUAUCUCAUUAAUUUGCACUUAAUUAUUUGUCCAAUUGUAUUGGAUUUUUUUUGGUAUUGGAUAAUAUGGGAGAUAUAUGUAUGGAUCGGAUUAGUUGGAAUUAUCUAAUGAGUGUACCACGUCCUUUUA